GAUUAUGAUUCAGCUAGCACCCUUCGAUCUCUCUAUAUAAACCAACUCCCACUUCAUAGUUCAACCCAAAAAAGGAAAGCCAAGCCAAAAGAAUUACACACACACAAGAUUAAUUAAACCACUCUAUUUCUUCAUUUUCCAUCUCCAUGGAAACACAUCUUGACAGCUUCUGGAUUUUUGCUCUUCUUUUCAAAUGCAACUCUCUCCCUUCUCACCACAACACCGUCUCUCUUUUUCUUUUUCUUUUUCUUUUUUUGUGCAUGACUUGGCUAGCCUUGGCUUUAUGCUUCUGGGCUUAUCCUGGAGGCCCUGCCUGGGGUAACUACUGGCUCAAGAAAGGAUGUAAAUCCAAGUUAGUUCCAGGUCCUCGAGGGUUCCCAGUGCUAGGCAGCAUGAACCUGAUGGCCAACUUAGCUCAUCACAAACUUGCAACUGCAGCUAAUCUGUUUAACGCUAAAAGACUCAUGGCUUUUAGCAUGGGAGAGACUAGGUUUCUAAUCACAUGCAAUCCUGUUGUAGCUAAAGAAAUCCUAAACAGCUCGGUCUUUGCAGAUCGUCCUGUGAAAGAGUCUGCUUAUGGACUUAUGUUUAACAGAGCCAUUGGGUUCGCUCCUUAUGGGGUAUAUUGGCGAACCCUAAGGAGAAUCGCGGCAACACAUCUAUUUUGUCCCAAACAAAUCAGUUCAACAGAGGCACAGAGGAAAGACAUUGGCUCCCAAAUGGUAUCACUUAUUGCAUGUCACAGAGGAGAUAUCCGAGUCCGUGAUAUACUAAAGAAAGCUUCACUUAACAACAUGAUGUGCUCGGUGUUUGGGCGCAGAUACGAACUGGGUUCAUCAAAUACCGAAACGGAACGUCUGAGAGAGCUAGUUGAAGAGGGUUAUGAGUUGCUAGGGAAGCUCAACUGGUCCGAUCAUCUUCCUUGGCUUGCAAGUUUAGACCUUCAAAAGAUCCGCUUCAGGUGCUCUCAAAUGGUUCCUAAGGUGAACCGUUUUGUCAACCAGAUUAUUCAAGAACACAAAGCUAGGUCGAACGGCCAAAGAAGACAAGAUUUUGUGGAUGUUUUACUCUCCCUUCAAGGACCUGAAAAAUUAUCAGACCAGGAUAUGGUUGCUGUUCUUUGGGAGAUGAUUUUUAGAGGAACAGAUACUGUAUCGGUUUUGAUAGAGUGGAUACUAGCAAGAAUGGUACUCCACUCUGAUAUUCAAGCGAAAGUCCACCAUGAGCUCGAUCACAUCGUGGGAAGAUCACGCCCAUUGAUGGAAUCAGACAUUCAAUCAAUGGUUUACCUGCAAGCAGUGGUGAAAGAAGUGCUUAGGCUACAUCCACCUGGCCCACUUUUAUCCUGGGCCCGCUUGGCAAUCACGGACACUACAGUGGAUGGCUAUGAGGUGCCAGAAGGGACCGUGGCUAUGGUAAACAUGUGGGCCAUAACAAGGGACCCGGAAGUUUGGAUGGACCCACUGAAGUUCUGGCCAGAGAGAUUUGUGUGCAAGGAUGGUGGUGGCGUGGACAUGGAGUUUUCGGUGUUGGGGUCAGACCUAAGGUUGGCUCCAUUCGGAUCGGGUAGGAGGACAUGCCCAGGAAAGGCACUGGGUUUGGCGACAGUUAGCUUCUGGGUGGGGAGCUUAUUGCAUGAGUUUGAGUGGGUGAAAUCAAGCAACAGGGCGGUGGAUCUGUCGGAAGUGCUAAGGCUGUCUUGCGAGAUGGCGAACCCACUUAGCGUUAAAGUGCGUCCUAGGAGAGGAUGCUAAAUGCUAAUUAAGUUAAUUGUCCUAUCUAUAUGCACACGUUGUAAAUAUAUCUUUGUACUUAUCUUCAGCUUUCAUGGCUUAUAUAAAUAUAAAAUAUAAUAUUAUAUGGUAAGUAAUAAUUAAGUUAAUAGGACCGUUAUGCUCAUGCCUGUAUUUUUUGCAAUUUAUUUUUUAGUUUUAAAAUUAUUAAAUGUUAUAUGUUUGUGUUGAA